GGACACGCCGCUGCCGAGCGAGGAGCGGGAAGGCGGGCGAGUUGCGGGGGUCGCGCAGGAGCUUUGUGUGAAAGCCAGGAGCCGUUAUCCUCCACCGAUGGCGUUUUGGUCUCCCCUCAGAUCCCCAAAGACCCCGCGCAGAGGCGGGUCCAGGAACUUGCCCUGCUGAGCAAGCAGCUGCAGCAGGUUCACCCCAAUGUCCUGGCCAAAGUGCUCAAGCAGGGAACCGUCUACCAGAACGAGGAGAUCGUGGUGAUCAACAAGCCCUACGGCCUGCCUGUGCACGGUGGCCCCGGGGUGAAGAAUUGUAUUGCCGACGUACUGCCGAUUUUGGCCAAGAUGUUGGAGAACAUGAAAGCCGAACCCCUCCACCUCUGCCACCGGCUGGACAAAGAGACCACGGGCGUGAUGGUGCUGGCGCGGAGCAAGGAGGUGGCAGAGAGGAUACGGCUUCUCUUCAAAACUCGUCAGGUGGAGAAGACCUACUGGGCAAUUAGCCUGGGCGACCCAGACCCCACCGAGGGCAUUGUGGAGAUCCCCAUCGUGGAGAAGGAGGUGCAGAGCCACCAGCGGCACUACAAGAUGACAUGUGCCCCCAACUAUCGCCUGUCUCCGGAGGAUGGGAAGGUGGUGAAAAUCCGCAAGAACCGCAAUGCCGCAAGCGCCGUGACGCGGUACCGCCUUCUGGCUAGCUCUUCCGCCUGCUCUCUGCUGGAGCUCCAGCCCAUCACGGGGGUGAAGCACCAGAUCCGGGUUCACCUGGCGUAUGGGUUGGGGUGCCCCAUCCUGGGGGAUCACAAAUAUUCGCACUGGAGCAAGCUGGCGCCCCAGAAGCUUCCUGAAAUCACCUUGAAGAGGCUGAAGCUGCAGCAGAGCAAGGCUCGCCACCUCCCUCUCCACCUCCACGCCCACCGGCUCUCCCUGCCCCUGGGCGAGCGGAUAGACCUCGUCUGCAAGCCGCCCCUCUUCUUCCAAAAGACUCUGAAGAGGCUGGAGCUGGACAUCGCUAACAACUAACGAGGCAGGACGGGAGCAGUACGGUCUAUCUCCACGUCUUCAGCACGUGGUAGUGCUGGGUCCCAUCGCUCUGCAGCGGUGUCUGCCUUGGAGCCAGCAGUGUGAUGAAGUCCAUGGUCUCUGCUUCUUGCCAGAGACCUCCUGUGUUGGUACCAGUGUUGCUGGCUUCAAACCAGGUACCUCCCUGUGCUUCUUGCCCCGAUUUGGUGCAGAAAAGCAACUGGGCAUGCUGAAGAGCCUCUUGUUCGGACAAACGAGGCUGGGUAGAACGUGGGCUUUGCCCAAUCUGUGUUUUGAACUUGUCUUUGAGCAAUAAAAGACGCAGUUCAUGCUGAGGUGAAGGGUCCUGUGUCUCACAGUGCUCAGGCCAGGCGGAUUGCGGUCCCUGGGCAGGUUUGAUUGCACCCAGGUGCAGUCCCUCCCCAUUUGAGGGCCAUCGCUCAUCCCUCCAGAGCUGACCAGUGGUUUCUCCCUCAUAUCCUGGCGCUCCAUGUUCAAAUUUGGAGACUCCCUUUGUUUGAAAAUCCAUCGAAAGUGCAAUUUGGCAGCGGCUGUGGGUUUUUUUGGUUUUUUUUUUUGCUAUGCUGAGAGACUGCACGAGGAGUUCCUUGGCUUGGCUUGGCUGAGCAGCUCCGGGACUCCCUCUGCUCUGCGCUGCCAGAGGUGUCGGAGUGGGUUUUUGGGGAGUGACUACGCUGCUGGGAGAAUCUUUUCUACCCCACCGCCCCUUCUGACUUCCCUAUCGCAUGUUUCCAGACCCCGUUGUCGGGAUCCCUCUCCCUCGGGAGCUUGCCUUGGAGCCACGUUCCUUCCCCUGUGCCUCGAGGGGAAGGCAAGUGGAGAUAUGAAAUGCUGAGGAACAGCAGCUGAUGUUCGGCCUCAAAGUGGCAGCCACCAGCACUUGGUGUCUCUUGGCCUGUCCCCAAAAGCUUGGGGCCGGGCAGCAGGACUUUCUCCAGCCCCUCCAUCUGGUUUGGGUGCAGGAAAGGGCUCUUUGUACCCCACAGGGCCACCAUGGAACUGGUUGGUGCUUUUCGGUAGGGUAAUUCCCUGUCCCCUGCCUACCCACUCCUCACAAGGGGUGAAAAUAGCUGGGGAGCCCCACGCCCCUCGAAAGCGCCGCCAGAAAUACAUCUGCUUAUGAGAGAGGGAUGUAAAACCACCAGGAGCCGGGGAGCGGCUGCGGCUGGGGAGGAACACUGCCUUCCCAGCCCGGUGCUGCGGCUGCUAUUUUGUUUUUUGUUUUUUGUUUCUAUUUUGGGGCGUGCUAUUUGUGAAAAGGCUUCCCCCUGUAAUUACCAGUCGAUUUAAUGUGCUGUCUAAGCUGUCAUUUACAGCCAUCGGGUGCAGAGGGCUUGGCAAGUGAUGCCUUCAGCCCUACAAAGUCACUCCUUUAGACGGUCACGCCCCAGACAACACCAGAGCCCCCGAGCAGCAGCAGCAGU